AUGGUAGUGUCACUUCUUUGUCUUCCUGUGAGCAGCGCUUCCGGUCAACCUUGCGUCUUCCUCCGUGGUAGUGCCGCUUCUUUGUCUUUGUGUGAGCAGCAUUCCCGAUCAACCUUCCGUUUCUGGUCAACCUUUGAGAAACGUCCUGAGUUGAAGCUAUCUUCCCAUGGAAGGAAGAUGGUUAAGUUCGGGAGGCCUGCCCCAGAGAUUGAAGGUCUAGUGGUGGCCAAUGGGCUAAGUCCUUUGAUCGCUUGUUCCCUAGAUACAGGCGAUCAGGGAUUAAUGUCUGCUUUUGUGGAAUGUUGGCAUAAGGAAACUAAUAGUUUCCAUUUGCCUGUCGGAGAUGUGACUAUCACUUUGGAUGACGUUGCGUCAUUAUUACAUUUGCCUGUUCUCGAGGCAUUCCAUAACUUCAAGCAACUUCAUGUUGACGACGCUGUCGAGAUGUUGGUGGAGUUACUCGAGGUCAGUGCUCUAGAGGCUACAGCUGAGACCAUUCAGUGUCAUGGGUCUUAUGUGCGACUAUCAUGGCUGUGCGAUUUAUAUGAGCUGAAGAUUGAGGAAUGUGACUGGAUUGUAGUAGCGCGAGUGUAUUUGUUGCAUCUCCUUGGAUGCACAAUCUUUGCUAACAAGAGUGUCACACACAUGCACGUGGUAUUCUUGGAUGCAUUGCGUGACCUGACGCAGAGUGCGGGUUACGCUUGGGGCAUUGCUGCACUUGUGCACAUGUAUGAUAAUUUAAAUGACGCGUUGAAGAGCACGACAAGGCAGCUUGCAGGAUAUAUCACUCUGUUACAUUGUUGGAUUUACGAGCAUUUUCCAUCCAUUGCUUCCACUGUUCCUGUCGAGGAUUACGACGAGAGGAGACCGCGUGCAUGUCGUUGGACCUCUAGCAAGGCACUGCCGCUGGCCACAUAUCGAAGGCGUCUGGAUAGACUGACCCUUGACGCUGUGUGCUAG